AAAGGAAGGUCAUACCCUGGAUUCCUAAUUCAUUCCCCCCCCCCUCCUCUGCUGUCUCCGGCCACUUCGCCUUCUCGCGAUUACGGGUUCGCCACUCGUAAUCGCCCUACUAACUACCCGUCGUCGGCAACUGAACUAACCGCUAUAAGUUCGCUCGUAGUUUCUUGCUCACCAUUUUGUAGGGUCUCAAAUUGUUGUAGUCAAAGUCAGUUGUUUCCAAGGUCUGUCGUUCUUGCAUCCUUUUAAUAUCUCAUCUCGUCGAACAAGGGAACGCGAAAAAGAGGUGUAACCGCUAAAGUGGUUUCUUGCGACUGGUUGUGCUAUAUCGGUAAGUUCUAUGACUCGCAUAUACUUGGUGGAAAUUAGUGCCUAUAUUGUUAGGGAUGGUCAAUUACUGCAUUUAUAACUAAUAUGAUCGAAAAAUAAUUUUGAUAUUGUAUCACUUUGAGACGAUUGACAAGGACUGGGACAUCUUCCAUUCCUCCAUGUAUCAUCUACUUGUACGUACAAUCAGUUGAUGCACAUGUUGUCUUAGAACCCAUUAGUUGUAGGUUAAAAUGUAUAAAUACUACUAUUUAACUCCCAUCUAGCAUUGUUUUGAUGUAUGCAAAUGGUUGCAAUUGAACCCAUUAGUUGUAGUUAAAAUGUAAUGCACAACAAGCUAAGUUUUGUUUAAUUUCAGGAGGACAUUGUGAGCUUCUAAAUGUUUGUCUUUCUUACUGGUCUUAUCUAUGUGUUUAAGUUGCCAUGUACAUUAGUUUCUACUUGCAUUUCAUGUUUACUUGAUUGCAUUUUCUGCUUGCACACCAUUGAUUCAUGCACACACCAUUGAAUAGUUAUUCUACUGGUUGUAUUUCCACAUUUAUCUGUUAUAUCACCUGUCUUAUUUCCUGUUUGAAAAAACUUAUGUUUCGUGCACAAACCGGGGGUCUCCAUGGAAACAGCCUCUCGAUCCUAGUGGUUUAGGUAAGGUCUGCGUACAUCCUAUCCGGUUACCCCUCCUAGACCCUACUUUCGAGUGGGAUAUACUGGGUUCGUUUGGUUUGCUUUGGUUAUAGUAACCUAAAAAUUAUGCUAAUUCGUUGGUGCGGUGAAUUAAAACCAAUCAUUGUUAUUUUCUUUAUGUAGAUUGGACAAGGUCCUUAAAAUUUAGUUGUGGCUAUGAUUUAAUGAUGGAUGUUGUUGAAUAUUUGAGGUUUUAUGUGCCGGGUUUGAUGUUACUUUCCUAUUCUUUACCUACCUUUCCAUUAUUGGAAGGAGGUGUUACAUAUGAUCAUUUUAUGUUUUUUUCGUUUUACUCUGUCCGUUGAAAUAUCUGUACUUUUAAAAUUUUUAUAUUGUUUUUUUUUUGAAACUAAUGCUUGUUAAAAAAUUUACUGUUAUAAUUUAUUUAUCAAAAACCACAAUCACCCAUUGUAAUUAUCGAAUCUGUGAGAAAAACUAUCAAUUCUUUUUAAAGCGAAAAAUGUACAUACUAUCCCAGCCCCACUGCCUCAGCUCCUUCCUACCUUGGUAAUUUGAGGCCGUGAACUUGGGACCUGACUUUGGAAGCUUGAAAGUUUAAUUGGUGCAGCUAGGUAUUCCAACUUCAUAUUGCUUUACUUGUUUGUAUUAAUUGUUAAAAUUUGAAAGUUUGAAAUGUAAGUUGAUUUGAAGCCUUAAAUCGGAAACCUUUUAUUGUGUAGUUUAAUUUUAGUGUGUUGUGUAAUUGUGAAGUAUGAGGUGUCAAAAUAUACCAGAAGCUGUAAUUUUACUGGAUUGGAUCUGGGUAUGUUUGGAAUAUUGAUCAUUUUUUCUCUAAUGAUUGUAUAUAAUUUCUUACUGACAGUUUUCUGGUUGUGGGCAUCUUGUUAGCAAGCACUUCUUUUAGUCCUAAAAAGAGUUGAACCUUACACUGUCAACCAAAAUAAAUCUAUAAAGAGAAGAUGAAGGUGGUAGGGUUAGUCAGUGGCGGCAAGGACAGCUGCUUUGCCAUGAUGAAAUGUGUCCAAUAUGGCCAUGAAGUUGUUGCAUUGGCGAACUUAUUGCCUGCCGAUGAUGCUGUGGAUGAGCUUGAUAGCUACAUGUAUCAAACUGUUGGUCACCAGAUUGUCGUCAGUUAUGCUAAAUGCAUGGGAGUGCCUUUGUUUAGACGAAGAAUACAAGGAUCCACCAGGCGUCAUGACCUUAGCUACAAAACGACUCCUGGUGAUGAAGUAGAAGACAUGUAUAUCCUGUUAAAAGAAGUCAAAAAACAGAUACCUGCUGUCACAGCAGUAUCAUCUGGUGCAAUUGCUUCUGACUAUCAAAGAUUACGGGUAGAAAAUGUUUGUUCACGACUAGGGCUGAUUUCUCUAGCCUAUUUAUGGAAGUUGGAUCAAUCAUUGCUCCUACAAGAAAUGAUUGAAACUGGGAUCUUCGCUAUCACAGUAAAGGUCGCAGCAAUUGGCUUAGAUCCUUCAAAGCAUUUGGGGAAAGAGAUGUCAUAUCUAUGGCCACACCUGCUUAAGUUAAAAGAGUUAUAUGGAAGUAAUGUAUGUGGUGAAGGGGGAGAGUAUGAAACAUUGACGCUUGAUUGCCCCCUCUUUGAAUACGCUCGAAUUGUUCUAGAUGAAUUCCAACUUGUACUUCAGUCUUCAAAUUCCAUAGCUCCUGUGGGAUUCCUUCACCCCUUGGCAUUCCAUUGCGAAGAUAAGCCAAAAUCUGUUUGUGUAAGUGACAGUAACAGAAGCAAUGGUUUUUCUCUGGAGAAUAUGGAGUCUGUAAUUGAAGUACAAAACGAAUGUCUAGAAAUAGUGGAAGAGAAGUGCCGGCCAUCUGAAGUUGGCUUCGAUUUGGCUGAACUUGAGAAGCAUAGACCUCAUAUUUCGAAAACUCGAAAGGAGAACAUUUUCUCGAUGUCUUGCUGGCUGCAAGGCUCAUCAGAAACUUCAGUAGAUCUGCAGGAAGAUCUGAAGAUCAUAUUGCUGAAACUUGAAUCACAGCUUAAUGAAGUUGGUUUUUCUUGGGAGAAUGUGCUUUACGUUCAUCUGUACAUCUCGGAUAUGAAUAUGUUUGCUAUUGCAAACGAAACAUAUGUGAACUUUAUAACCCAGGAUAAAUGUCGCUUUGGUGUCCCAUCCCGCAGUACGAUUGAACUUCCUCUGUCGCAAGUUGGUCUAGGGAGGGCCUAUGUAGAAGUCUUGGUAACAAAUGAUCAAAGUAAGAAGGUACUUCAUGUGCAGAGCAUCUCUUCAUGGGCUCCUAGUUGUAUUGGACCAUACAGCCAGGCAACACUGCAUAAAGAGAUACUUUACAUGGCUGGGCAAUUGGGUCUUGACCCUUCAACCAUGUCAUUAUGUAGUGGUGGCCCUGCUGCUGAGCUGGAACAAUCCCUGCUGAACAGUGAAGCUGUUGCAAAAUGCUUCAACUGUUCAAUAAGUACAUCAACCAUACUGUUUGUGAUUUAUUGUUCAGAGUCUACUUCGACAUUGGACAGAAUCAGUAUGCAAGAGAAGCACAAUGCCGUCCUUAGUAAGAUGAAGCUACUCAACUUAGAUCAGCGUCUUUCUGGAGUGCUCGAUCAAUUUUUCUUGUACGUGCUUGUCCCUGAUCUGCCAAAAAGAGCUUUUGUUGAAGUGAAGCCCAUACUCUUUGUUGAGCAUGAUAGAGAAAGUGUGGAAAUUGUUAACAAUCAAGUUAUGUCGGACCUAAAAUAUAAUGUGAAUCAGUUCGAUUCAUGUUUUCAACCAGAAAUAUGGCAUGAUGAGUGUCUUCAGAAGUGUCUUGUUCAUGGGAGAAUCUGUGCAGUCAUUUUAUCCAUUACAACUGAAAUUGCUAAGAAGAUCUGUUCUGAUAAGUUCAUAUCCGCAAACGCUGAUGAUCUUUUGAUUAUCACUGCUGAGGAGAAAAUGGAAAGAGCUGCAAAAUUUUGUGUAUAUCGUCUUGAUAAAGUCCUUUUGCAGAACUUCUUUUCUUGGGAUGACGUAACGAAUCUGAGGAUUUACUUGUCGACGAGCAGCGGCAUCUCCCAUGAAACGUUGUCAGUAAUCUUCAAAACCACAUUCGAUGAAUUUGCUAAAACGACUAAAACGAUGACAAUUCGAAAGGAACCCAUUUUCAACGUCGUGCCUGUGAUUGGGGUUGGGAGUUCUGCUGCUUCCAUGGAUGAUAUAGUCACCUGUGAGCUAUUUGCUACAAAAUCCUGACAUCAAUUUGUUUUUUGAUUUAUGGCUCUUCUUCUAAGAGCUAAAAUGUGAAAAAUUCACAUCUUUAUUACCAUUUGAAGUGAUGUCCUUCUGUUUUAGGCCUGCAAACAGUACCCUAUAUUUUGGCAUUUGUCUUCACUCAAUUAUUACCUUGGUAUUGUAUACAAAAUAUCUAGUAGAAAUUAGAAACCAAACAAAUUAAGUUAUGUUUCAUAUUAAUGUUAAUUUGUUUUAUUAUA